GGCCGAUCAGGAAAAAAAAAAAGUCAGCCAAGUCGUCCCUCGCCCUGAGAGGUCCGGCGGCGGCGGUCCGUACUCUCAGCCCUGCAUCUGAUCCUGCCCCCGCGGGUCUCCCCUGGCCCUGCUCCGCAGAUCUCCUCUGGCCCUGUCUCGGAGGCAUCUCGGCUCUGCUCAUUCCCUUCCCUCGCAAUGGCCUCCUCGCUCGACCAUUUCAAGUAUUCGGGCCCAAAAUACAACCCCGCAUCGCUCAAAAAGUCCUUCUCGUCGUCGUCCAUUUCGUCGUCGUCGUCGUCGGUCCUGCUCUCGCCCGUUGCCGACCAUCGCGAUCUGGACCAUGACCCGGAGCUUGAUCUGGAAUGCAGCACCUUUGUCCCCGAGACCCCCAAAAAGUCCCAGUCCCCGGCCACGAGAAUCCUGGUGAUGGAGUCGCCUCCCGCGCAAGCGGCCUCCAAGUCGUAUAUUCGCCCAUUCGAUAUCUCCUCCUCGCCCGUGGAUCAGCCCGUCCGCCCAGCCUUGUCGUCCUCUGGCUCGGCGUCCUCGCAGGAUUCGUUCGCAAUAAACCUGCCGCCCUCGCCUCUCAAGAGCAAGUCGGCCUCAUUCGGAUCAGCAGGCGUAUCCACAUCGCUCACAAGGCACUCUCUCGCCCUUCCGACGCCUCGAUCCAAAUCCGAGUCUUUUUCCCAGAAUCACACAGCCCAGUCCAAGCCCGGCGUCAGCAGCAAUCGCAACAGCCACAUCAAGCCCAUCCCUGUCAGCGAGAGCAUCGCCCAGCAGUUCGGCGCCUUCGCCUUUCGGCCCAAGGGCGAGUUCUCGCCUACAUCGUCGCCGGCCUCGUCGCCCCCGCCUAUAUCCAAGUACCAGCCACUGAAAUCAGGAACUGGCCAGCCACAAACUGCCUUCUCAGGAUGGCUCAACAAGUCCGUGGGAUCUACAAAGCCGGCUCCGCCGAAGCCAGCAACGACGUGGGUCAGCCGGAUUGUCAAGAAGCCAACCAGCAAACGGACGAUCUCGACCUCGGACGAGGAAGAAUCCUCGUCCGAUAUCGAUGACAUGUCGCUCACCUCCGUCGAUUCAGCUGUGAGCAAACCGGACCCCAAGUCCGACAUCACGACCGCCGGCCGACGCCAUAGCAGUAUAUCCACUGAAUCUCACGAACCUCCGAGUCGGUCCAUGACCAAGAAGCCCAAGAUCAGUGCGGGACUCGAGGAUCUUAUCACCGAAACACGACCGACAGGCAAACUCAUCCGCACAUUGGAGAAACAUGAGCAGAAACCCCCCAUGAAAGCCCACGUGGAUGAAAGCAACGGCACACGACGGCGGCGGCUCGUCCAGAAACAAACCACUUAUCACGAGAGCAGUACGGAAGUCGAGGACGACAUUGAGCUUGUUGAAUACCGAGUCAAGCCUCGCCCCGACACGACUCAGUCUGCGAAAGCCUUGGCCGAGGAAACCGACGAGAUCCAGGUCGUCAACUACACUUCGCGCCCAGUUCGCCACACAGAAGAGCGACGGAAGCCGAUCGCCAUAUCCAGCGACGACGAGGACGAUUGGGACGCCUCAAACGGCAUGGCCGAUGAUUAUGAAGACGAGGAUACGGCUGUCAACCAGCAGCAUCGCCAGGUCGUUUACUUUUUCAACACGGCAGAGUUGCAACAGCUCAUGGAUGUGACAUCCUGCACCCAGGAGCAGGGCAAGCUCAUCGUCGACUCCCGGCCUUACCGCAACUAUGAACAUCUGGAGGAGGUGAUUUCACAGACGAGCAAGCGGAAGGGACUCUCGACAAUCCUGAAAAAAUACGAGGAGGUCAUGGAGAGCUACUUCCACGUCGACCAGCUGAUCGAAAAGUGCGAAAAGAUCGGGCGCCAACUCAAAGGCGUCCUCACAGACAUGAAUGGGUCGGGGGCGAGCGACGAGUACAACCCAUCGCUUGACCCGCGCGCCUUCCAGAAGGUCUCAUCGUCGCACGGCGGAGCAGAGUCCAUCACGGUGCAGCCCAAGAUCGUCAACAAAGCGCUUGCCUUGAAGCCGUAUCAGCUCGUCGGCAUCAGCUGGCUUAAUUUGCUUUAUAGGAAAGGCUACGGCGGGAUCCUCGCAGACGAGAUGGGUCUUGGUAAGACCGCCCAAAUUAUUUCCUUCCUCGGGCUGCUCUAUGAACAAGGCCACGAGGGACCGCAUCUAGUUGUGGUCCCCUCGUCCACAAAAGACAACUGGCUCAGGGAGUUCAAAAAGUGGUGCCCUUCGCUUGUUGUGCAGUCGUAUUAUGGCUCCCAGGCAGAGCGGUUCGAGCUCCAAGAGUCGCUACUGGAGACCCGCGGGGAAUAUCAAGUCCUUGUGACAACAUACAACCUGGCAACGGGCAACAAAGAGGAUAGAGGAUUCCUCAAGCGUAUGAAGUUUCGGUCUUUGAUUCUCGAUGAAGGACACAUGGUCAAGAACAUGGAUUCGAGUCGAACAAGACACCUAAUGAGUUACAAGAUCCCAUUCCGCAUGUUGCUAACUGGCACUCCUCUGCAAAACAAUCUGAAGGAACUACUGUCGCUGCUGACGUUUGUGAUGCCCGCGCUAUUCUCGGAUUGGGUCACGGAGGGCUCCACCAUCAAAAAGCUCUUCAACAUCACCGACCACAACAAUGUCAGCUUUCUGAGCCACCAGAGGAUCGAACGUGCCCAGAAGAUCAUGUCUCCGUUUGUCUUGCGGAGAAAGAAGGAUCAGGUCCUUCGAGAUCUGCCCAAAAAGAUCCAAAUCAUCGAACACUGCAAAGCCACCGAGCGUCAGCGGGCAUUGAUCAAAUCCAUCAUGGUCGAAUCCCGCAAGACCUACCGCGAAAACAUCAGUCUGUCACAAAAGGAUACCAACGGCAAAGCUGCCAAAGGCACCAACACAUCCCAAGCCAACCAACGCAAGCAGCUCCAGAACUUUACUUUGAUGCAAACCGCGACUAUAUAUGAGGAUAUGCAGGUGAUGAGUGACUAUGAGCUUCACCAACUGUGCCUCAAGUUUCCGACCAUCUUCCACCGCAGACUGCAAUCAGAGGAAUGGAUGUCAUCGGGCAAGAUCGAAGUAUUGCAGAAAAUGCUUCCGUCGAUGAUCGCAGCCGGCGACCGCAUUCUGAUAUUCAGCCAGUUCAUCAUGAUGCUCGACAUUCUGGAGGCGGUGAUGCAGACCCUAGGGAUCAGCUACCGACGCAUGGAUGGAUCAACUGCAGUCAACGAUCGACAGGAUAUCAUUGACGAGUUCAACGACAACGAUGACAUUCCUGUGAUGCUCCUCUCGACAAAGGCCGGGGGCUUUGGCAUCAACCUGACAAGCGCAAAUGUGGUGAUUCUGCACGAUUUGGACUUUAAUCCCCACAACGACGCCCAGGCUGAGGACAGAGCUCACCGCGUCGGCCAAACUCGCGAGGUCCGUGUGAUCAAGUUUGUGGUUGAGGAGUCGAUCGAAGAAGGCAUCCUCAAGUGUGCCCAGGCCAAGCUCAAGCUGGACCGCAAAAUCCAAGGCCACGACGACGAGGCCGACGCCGCGGCUACCACGAUGGCAGACGAGCCGGAGGGAGAGGGCAAAGGCAGAGCCAAGGGGCGUGGCCAGAAAGGCAAGAAGACGGCAGGCACCCAGGGAGCUGAUGCAAACGACCAGGACAGCGCUAUGGAUGAGGAUGAUGAGUUUGCGAUCAUGGCAAUGCUGAGAGAGGACCUCGAGCGCGAGUGAGAGUGCGCCGAUGCGACGACCUCCGGGCGUAGAAAUAGACACUGCAUACCCGAUGCGAUGCAAGAGCGAUCAUGAACGGAGCCAUGAACAUGGGCCAUGAGCGGAGACAUGAACAUGAGACAUGAACGGAGACAUGUGGCGUGGUGUCGUUUUUGGGGUCGAGCUCUCUGCCAGGCUCUCCGCC